GAAGAAGAAAAGUUUGCCAUGCCAGGACCUCAUCUCAUCUCAGUCCACAGAAAUGCCAGAAUACUAGGCUACUCGUAUGCUAUUGAGAAGAAGGCAAAAUCCUCAAGAUAUAACAAGUAAGAAAGCAACGGAGGGCACAGAUCUGUUCACUGUGCUAGUGCACGAGCUUGGUCAUGCCCUCGGACUGAUCCAUUCAUCUGCACGUCAAUCUGUAAUGCGUCCAUACUACCAGGGGCCCCUAGGAGACCCACUACACUUCAGCCUGGGACAUCAUGACCUUCAACACAUCACAGCUCUUUAUGGUAAGAGUGGAAACCAUGUUCCAACUGACAAACCUCUUCUCGUGACGGAGGCUCAAUUGCGUCACCGACAUGGCGGAGUACACAGACUCACACACAUGUACAGACACGCUCAUAGCCAUUUGGACAGUUCUGUGGAUCGCUGUAACACCAGUUUUGAUGCAGUUGCUAAGAUUCGAGGAGAGAUCUUCUUCUUUAAAGGGAAGAACAUGUGGAGAGUGAGCAGAGGUGGUCUGGUGUCAGUCAGGGCUGUUCCUGUACACAGACUUUGGUCGGCUCUUCCUUCGUCACUUCCUCCACUGCGAGCGGUUCUGGAAAGACACACAGAUCAUGCCAUCAUCUUUAUCAGUGGUUCCCAGGUUUGGCUUUUUAAGGAUCUGUCACUCCAAGAGGGUUUCCCUCAGCCUCUGUCUACUCUGGCUCCUGAGGACUCAGAAGGAGGGUGGCAAGGUUUGCACUGGGACCCAAAGCAGGGUGUGGUGUGGGGGUCUGUGAGAGAAGAUGGAAAGAAAGGAGAGGAAAGCGAAGUCUGGAGAGAGCUCAUUGAAGAAGGAGUGAAUGGAAUUAUCAUGGAGAAUGACGACGAGAGAGAAAGGACUGGAGACUUUAAGGGUUCAACCUACCUUUUCAAAGGCAAUUCCUACUGGAAAUUUACUCACCCAGGCUCCGCCCCUGCAGAAGGAUACCCUCGGCUUCUGGCCACUGAUUGGUUGGACUGCCCUCAGCUGUCCUCUUACAGCCCUGGCGACAUCUCUUUGAUCUCUCACUAUGGUCAGCAGGAGCUUCGUGAGCAGAAAGGGCAAAGAAUAAUCGACCAGAUCAUUCACAAAGAAAAAACCGAAAGAGAUAACCCUCUUCGCUGGGACUGUCCAUGUCUAAACAGUGCAGUGACUCAAAGUGGACCUAUUUUACUACUGCCCAUUUUAUUUCUGAUCACUGGGGCUUGUUAAUAUUUUCCACAUCCAAAUUUACACAGUCAUACAUACCCCAAAAUAACGUUUUCCUUGACUUCCAAUCUCUAACCAAAGGAAGUGACUAAAAUAGUUAGUAAGAAGAUUUAUAACAACCAUUAUACUGAGAUUAAAUUCUAAGAUUAAAAAAACUUCAUAGUGUUGUUACAUGCAGUUUUACCAAACAACUGACUUUCUAUCUCUGUUAAUUCCUGUUUUAGUUGCUAAAACCCCUUUUAAUGCUAUCUUUCAUAUCAAAAGUCAUGCGGUACAUCAACAAAUGAACCGAUGUUAAUGAUUUACAGUUCAGAGUCUGUCAGCUCACUAAAGAUUAUGGAGACCUCAAAUAAUAUUGUGCUAUAAUUUAGAUGUGUAAUGAUAUAUUCAUACAGUAUUUUGAUUAUGACGAUGCAGAGAGCAAAUCUCAUAAAAUAAUGUGAUUUAUUCAUAGUUUUAUUUGCUUUUUCAAAUAACGUACUACCGGGCAGAUGGAAGGAUCUGUAAAGAUCAGUAAAGUGUCAUUUAUAGAACAAAUUGAUUUCUAUUGAAAUUAAAUAAAAAUGAAAAUGCUGUGUACAUUUGAUUUAAUAUAUUUAAUGGAUACUAUUAUUAUUAAUAUUUUAUAAAUAACAUUCUCAAUUUUCUUUAUUUUACUUUUUAAAUGUACCUAAAGAUUGUACCAAUAAAAAGAAAAAUAAGAACAUUAUUUUAUUUCACAAUUACUUGCAUAUUGUGUCACCUCAGGAAUUACCUGAUCCCUAAAGUCCAUAAUUUUACUGUUUAAAUCACUUCAAGUUACUGGCACCGGCAUCACAAAAACAGCAAACUGUUGCACCACUUCUGAACAUCCAGAUGUUAUGUGAUAAGUGUCACAAAACAAGGCAGGAAACAACAGGUGAGUGCAAAACAAGAUGGUUUAUUGAAGGAGCGGGAAACUGGAACAUGAGGAGCAAGGGCAGGUGAGUAAUCAAAUAGAAGGAUAAUUUCAGAGUUUUUAGCUGUGCACUGAUGGUGUGUUUCAAUGACAGGUUCAUUGGAGAGCGCAGAGCAGGAACUCUGGAGUCGGUGGUGAAUCAGAUGGGAACCAGAAGGUAAAUCAGAGCGAGGGCGUCCAGAAUAGUCCAUGUAGGUGAACAGUGGGGGGUGUUUAUAGUGUGUCUUGAUUGGUGACAGCAGGUGCGGGUGAUCAGUAUGCAGGUGAUUGUCCUGGAUGGUGACUGGAGUGAU